GUGCCGCGCCGAGGGAAGCGGCCCGCGGCGGAGGGAGGGGAGGCCGAGUCCUGGAAGCGGAGCUCCGCGCUGGGACUGGUUCCUUCGCAGCCAUUUUCUGUCCAACCAAACAGCCGAUUGGAGACGGGAGCCAACCAGGGCUGCAUUGGAGGUUGAAAUUGGGCGAAGGGUAGACACCUUUUAGACAGGUGUUCCUGAAUACCACUGGCAACACGGUUCUGACAGUAUUUCAUAACAAUGGAUGGCGACAGUGCUACAACAGACGCUUCUCAGCUAGGCAUCUCUGCGGACUACAUCGGAGGAAGCCACUAUGUGAUACAGCCCCACGAUGAUACGGAGGACAGCAUGAAUGAUCAUGAAGACACAAAUGGUUCAAAAGAAAGUUUCAGAGAACAAGAUAUAUAUCUUCCAAUUGCAAACGUAGCAAGGAUAAUGAAAAACGCCAUACCUCAAACGGGAAAGAUUGCAAAAGAUGCCAAAGAAUGUGUUCAGGAAUGUGUAAGUGAGUUCAUCAGCUUUAUAACAUCUGAAGCAAGUGAAAGAUGCCAUCAGGAGAAACGGAAGACAAUCAACGGAGAAGAUAUUCUCUUUGCCAUGUCUACCUUAGGCUUCGACAGUUAUGUAGAACCUCUAAAGUUAUACCUUCAGAAAUUCAGAGAGGCUAUGAAAGGAGAGAAAGGAAUUGGUGGAGCAGUCACAACUACAGAUGGAUUAAGUGAAGAACUUACAGAGGAGGCAUUUACUAACCAGUUACCAGCUGGCUUAAUAACUGCAGAUGGUCAACAACAGAAUGUUAUGGUUUAUACAACGUCAUAUCAACAGAUUUCUGGUGUUCAGCAAAUUCAGUUUUCAUGAUCUGAAGAAAUGGUGGAAUGGGAGUGGAGAGAAGCGAGUCUGUACGAUUCCGGAACCAGAGACAUUAGAAGGAAAUGACUGGGGGAAGAUGUCUCUUUGUAUAUUAAAUAGCUGUAAUGUAGCUUCCUGAUGCUUGACUAAUUGAGGUGUUAAUUCUGACUUGAGAAUCUUUUUCAUGAAUGAUUUUAAAGAAAAAUUUGGAUUUUAAAGGUAUUAAAAUAUUUUUGUUUUGUACGAGA